AUGCAGCUCUCUCUCGGCCCGUGUCUCGCCUGCCUGCUGCUGCACGCGACCCUCCGCACGGUGGAGCCCCAGGGGUGGCAGGCCUUCAAGAACGACGCCACGGAGAUCAUCCCCGAGCUGGGCGAGUUCCCCGAGCCCCCGCCAGAGCCGGAGAACAACAAGACCAUGAACCGGGCGGAGAACGGUGGGAGGCCUCCCCACCACCCCUUUGAGACCAAAGACGCGUCGGAAUACAGCUGCCGCGAGCUGCACUUCACCCGCUACGUGACCGACGGGCCCUGCCGCAGCGCCAAGCCGAUCACCGAGCUGGUGUGCUCCGGCCAGUGCGGCCCUGCGCACCUGCUGCCCAACGCUAUCGGCCGGGGCAAGUGGUGGCGCCCGAACGGGCCCGACUUCCGCUGCAUCCCCGACCGCUACCGCGCGCAGCGGGUGCAGCUGCUGUGUCCCGGUGGCGCGGCGCCGCGCGCGCGCAAGGUGCGCCUGGUGGCCUCGUGCAAGUGCAAGCGCCUCACCCGCUACCACAACCAGUCGGAGCUCAAGGACUUCGGGCCCGAGGCCGCGCGGCCGCAGAAGGGCCGAAAGCCGCGGCCCCGUGCCCGGGGCGCCAAAGCCAACCAGGCCGAGCUGGAGAACGCCUACUAG